GAGACUUCUUCCACUAUAUUCAGCACCGAGAGAGAGAGAGAGAGAGAGAGAGAGAGAGAGAUGGGGAGAAGUCCAUGUUGUCCAAAGGAAGGAGUAAAUAGAGGGGCGUGGACAGCUAUGGAAGACAAAAUACUCACGGAGUACAUUAAAGUUCACGGUGAAGGCAAAUGGAGAAACCUUCCCAAAAGAGCAGGACUGAAGCGAUGUGGGAAGAGUUGCCGUUUGCGAUGGCUGAACUAUCUGAGACCUGACAUCAAAAGAGGUAACAUUACUCGUGACGAAGAGGAGCUCAUCAUCAGACUUCACAAUCUCUUGGGCAACAGAUGGUCUUUGAUAGCUGGGCGGCUACCAGGCCGAACAGACAAUGAAAUAAAGAACUACUGGAACACCAACAUUGGAAAGAAAUUUCAAUCUGGAUCUCAUGACCGAGCUGCAAAUACGACAUCAUGUCCUGCUAAACCAUCAUCAUCAAACAAAUUACACAAAUUACCACCACCACCACCACCACCGCCAAGUUCCAACAAAACGACACAAUUUUCCGGUGACCAGAAACCAUCUAAAACCUGCAGUACUACUAGCACUCCAAACUCGCGUGUCGUUCGAACCAAAGCAACCAGGUGCACCAAAGUCGUACUCCUCCCUCAAGAGGACGCACUAAAGCCACCCGUACUACCACUUGAUCAUCAUCAUCAGCACGACAACAGUUCUAAACCUGCGGUUGAUGCAGUAAUCAACGACAUUUACUGUCAGAUGGUGGCGGGCGAGGGGCAGCUUGAUUAUGAGCCCUUAGUUCCAUUUGAUGAAAGUAAUUCUUCCCAAAUCAUGGCUCUACAUGAUCUUGACUUUGAGACCGACGACAAGUUUCUGUCUGAUAUUUUCAACAUUAACUGCAUGGACUUGGAGCUCUCUGAUUGUUUUGGCAACGUUGAAGGACAUGAAUAUGAUCGCGUGAUUGAUGAUCAUAUUGAUAUUGAUAGUGACUUUCAUAAUGUGAUCAUAAGCUCAUCAUCCAAUACUAAUACCAACAAAUUAGGGUGUGAUGAAACCCUCUUGUUUUCUCAAGAUAUGGCGCUGUUUGGAGUUGAGUUACAAUCGGAUACUACAGUUUCUAUGAUUGACCCUCGCGAUGAAAUGGAUAAUUGGCUCCAAAACUAGCUUGUUGGUGAUUAAUACUUGAUUUGGAUUUUAAUGUCUCGAAUUAAUGAUAUUUAGAAGCGUGCACGUAGUUUUAUAAUUAGGUAUGUGUCACCGUGUCUGAAUAUAUUGGACAAUAUUGCACUCCAAAUUAUGUGGUCAUGAUCUCAUCAUUUGAAGUUGGUAGGCGUGAUAUUUCUGGAAUAGUUUACAAGUUCA